UCCCCCGAGAGCGUGCUCCAAGUGACCGCAGCAGCCACGAACGGAGUCAUAACGUCUCAGAACCUACCGCAAUCGCGAGAGAGACUUCACACGUUUUGAUCCUUGAUCUUGAUCCGGACGCGGUUUCGCGCUGGGCGGCCGAAGAGAGAACUUUAUACAGUUUUUCGAAUAGUGCGUGCAAAAGAAAAAUAUCGGCGCCAUGAAGCGCAGGAAAAUGUUUCUUUGGUUUUUUUGCGUCAACAACUUGUUGGUGUAUUGUUGUUGCGAAGCUUCGCCGAGCGUUCACAAGAAUUCGGCGACGGUCAACAAGUUUCAGAGUGCGAUCCAGCAACAGAACACCUACACCAUUCUGGCAUCGAUAGAAGAAAGACUUCGCAAUCUGGAUAACGUGUACUCCAUGCAACUUUCGCAAAGUUUGGAAGUCAAGCUCGACCAGUACAACAGAAAGCUGGAAAAUCUAGACAGCAAAAUAAUGAGAUUGGAAGCGAUGGUCAUGCUCAACUUAGGAAAAAUAUCUGAGAACAUCAGCACAAAAACCUUCAAAGACGACAUAGAAGGUACAAAUAUUUACAGAAAACUAGAUUCCAUUUACGACAGUAUCUUGCACAGGCUUAAUUAUGUGGAGCGGAAGCAUGAAAUUAAUUUUGGACAAAUUCAGGAUAAAGCAGAUAUAACGAUGAAACGUUUGGAGAAAAUCGAAGAAAAUUUAUCGAAAAGAAAUUCUGAUUUUGAAGCCGAACUUUCCGAUGCUAUCUUCGCCAUUGACGAUUUAAAAACAACCUACACCAACAUGGAGAAAAAGCUCAACUUCUUGGGGUGCCCUCCGUGGAGGUGCACAAAACCAGUCUAG